AUGAUUCUCUGCGCUGGAUUCCCCGACAGAGUGAGAGACAGAGGAUUGUGGACGCAAGUUGGAUGGGCCUUGGAGAUCGCUGCAUUCGCCAUUUGGCUUGGUGUGCCUAGCUCUGCACACAAAGCUCGCUUUGCUGCCCUUGUGCUGGCCGAAGUCGGUCAUUACGUCUGUACACCUCUCAUUGUCACUUGGCAAGCUAACAAUUCUGGAAACAAGUCCCGUCGUGCUGUUGCCGUACCCGGUGCUGUCUCGCUCGCUCAAGCAGUUGCUGUCGGAUCUGGGUAUCUUUUCCCUUCUACUGAUUCACCGAAAUACUCCAUGGGUUCCGCUGUCAUCUGA